UCGCACUAGACAGAUGUCACAGACUAUCCAGACCUCCUCUGCCUUCAUUUGGGGAGUAUCUCUUGCUCACUUCAUCCAAAAACACGAGUCAAGAUGCCUCACGCUUACCCAUUCCUCACUCCAGAGCAGAAGAAGGAGCUGAGCGAUAUUGCUCAGAGGAUUGUCGCCCCUGGCAAAGGCAUUCUUGCUGCGGAUGAGUCUACAGGUAGCGUGGCCAAGCGGUUCCAGAGCAUCAAUGCCGAGAACACGGAGGAGAACAGGAGACUGUACCGCCAGCUUCUGUUCACCGCAGACGACCGCGUCAAGCCCUGCAUCGGUGGCGUCAUCCUCUUCCACGAGACCCUCUACCAGAAGACAGAUGAUGGCAAACUCUUCUCCCAGCUCCUUAAGGAGAGGGGCAUGGUAGUUGGCAUCAAAGUGGACAAGGGUGUGGUUCCCCUGGCUGGCACUAAUGGAGAGACCACCACACAAGGUCUGGAUGGGCUGUACGAGCGCUGCGCUCAGUACAAGAAAGACGGGGCAGACUUUGCUAAAUGGAGGUGUGUGCUGAAGAUCACCCCCACAACCCCCUCAAGACUGGCCAUCAUUGAGAACGCCAAUGUGCUCGCCCGUUACGCUAGCAUCUGCCAGAUGCAUGGCAUUGUGCCCAUCGUGGAGCCUGAGAUUCUGCCUGAUGGUGACCAUGACCUGAAGAGGUGCCAGUAUGUGACCGAGAAGGUUCUGGCUGCCAUGUACAAGGCCCUGUCAGACCACCAUGUGUACUUGGAGGGCACUCUGCUCAAACCCAACAUGGUGACCGCCGGGCAUUCAUGUUCCCAGAAGAACACCCCUCAGGAGGUCGCCAUGGCCACUGUCACAGCUCUUCGCCGCACCGUUCCUCCCGCUGUGCCUGGUGUCACCUUCCUGUCUGGAGGCCAGAGUGAGGAGGAGGCCUCACUCAACCUGAAUGCCAUUAACCAGUGUCCCCUGAGCAAGCCCUGGGCCCUGACCUUCUCCUAUGGUCGUGCACUGCAGGCCUCUGCCCUCAAAGCCUGGGGUGGCAAGAAGGAGAAUGGCAAGGCCUGCCAGGAGGAGCUCGUAAAGAGAGCUCUUAACAACAGCCUGGCCUGUGUUGGGAAGUAUGUGUCCGCAGGAGAUAAGGGUUCUGCUGCUGGAGAGUCUCUCUUUGUGGCCAACCAUGCCUACUAAUCACCAGGAAGCCUUUUCCAUUUCAAUCCUCAUCAUAUUCCUAAAGAAUCAAUGAACCCCAACGCAUCUAUACUCUGAACUCAUCAUUUGACCCAUUCCCUUUUUCUUUCUAGUGCUUGUUACUUUUCCAUGUGUGAAAACAAAACCAUGAAACUAAGAGAUCAUACGUUUUUGCCCUAAUCUCCUCCCUCUUCAAUUAUGUAUUGUAAUGUUUACCUCUUUAGAGAAACGUUGCUCUUGUUCUUGUAGUACUUAUAACUGUAUUUGACUUGCACAAAGCACAUAUACCCUUCAGGGGUAUAUUAUUGUUGUUACUGUUUAAUAUGGUACACACUGGGGAAAAAAAAAAACAUUAAA